UUUGAGUGCGAUUUAGUGCAUCGUACCGGAAAGAAGUGACAGUCUUUAACCUAACGUGAAAUACGAGAUUUAUACACUAUGAAAGAACCAGAAGUGGACCCGAAAAAUAUUAUAAAAAGCAGAGAACUCCUUUACAGGCUUAUGAUCAGCCAAUUGUUCUAUGAUGGACACCAGACAUUGGCGGUACAGCUGUCAAAUAUAAUUCAAGCAGAACCUCCAUGCCCUCCAUCCGAUCGUUUACUUCAUUUAAUGUUGAUUGGUCUAGCUCAUGAACCUGAUCGUUCUAAAAAGGACACGAGUAACUUAUCUUCUUUCACAUCGACUUUUGAUAACACUUUGGGACCUGGUCUAGAUUUAGAAUUUGAAACAGAAGCUCAAACUCAAGCACCAGAACCUGCACAAUAUGAGACUGCCUAUGUAACUUCCCACAAAGGAAACUGCAGAGCUGGAGCAUUUUCUGCAGAUGGUCAGUUGAUAGCAACUGGAUCAGUCGAUGCAUCAAUUAAAAUUUUAGAUGUGGAUAGAAUGCUAGCUAAAUCUGCACCAGAUGAAAUGGCACCUGGUGAUCAAACAGGUGGUCAUCCAGUUAUAAGGACAUUGUAUGAUCAUUUAGAAGAAGUGACAUGUCUGGAAUUUCACCCAAGAGAGCCUAUUCUUGUAUCUGGGAGCAGAGACUUUUCUAUUAAGCUGUUUGAUUUCAGCAAAGCCAGUGUUAAAAAGGCAUUCAGAACUAUUACAGAUGCAGAUCAGAUACGAUGUUUAUCUUUUCAUCCUACUGGCGAUUUUUUAGUUGUUGGAACCAACCAUCCAGUAGUCAGGUUAUACGAUGUUAAUACAGCACAGUGCUUUGUCUGUAGCAUACCAAGUCAUCAACAUACUGCUGGAAUAACUAGUAUUAAGUAUUCUCCCGAUGCAAAAACUUAUGCAUCAGCUGGUAAAGAUGGAAGUAUCAAAUUAUGGGAUGGUGUAUCAAACCGAUGUAUAAAUACUUUUGUGAAAGCACAUGAUGGCUAUGAAGUAUGUUCAGUGACUUUUACGAGAAAUGGAAAGUAUUUACUGUCAUCAGGGAAAGAUUCUUUGAUAAAAUUAUGGGAACUGUCUACUAGCAGAUGUCUAAUAGCAUAUACAGGUGCUGGAACUACAGGCAAACAAGAACAUAAAGCUCAAGCUAUUUUUAAUCACACUGAAGACUAUGUAAUGUUUCCUGAUGAAGCGACAACAUCAUUAUGUGCAUGGAAUUCUCGAAAUGCAUCUAGGAAACAGUUACUAUCAUUAGGACAUAAUGGUCCAGUAAGACUGAUUGUCCAUUCUCCAACCGCUCCAGCAUUCUUAACAUGCAGUGAUGAUUUUAGAGCAAGAUUUUGGUUUAGAAGAAUGCCCACUCAUUAGAUUGGAAUUUAAAGAAUCAAUACCCAUCUUGAACAUAACAAAUUUAAGUUUGGUAACAUUUACUGUAGCUUUUGAUAUGAUUAGCAGAAUAAUAAUCGUUGAAACGUUGAGAAAGAAGUAUCGGAUUGCGAAUGAUUCCAAAAAAUUUUGUACAAACAAUCUUAAAUGAUCAAAUGAUUACUUGCUGCGCCCUGAAGCGACAAACGUUUAUUCAUUUAGCGUAUGUUAUACCUAAUUUUAUAUCAAAUGUACUUAUUCAUUUCAUUUUGCUUUUUUGAAGUAAAAAAGACGACAAUUUUCACCGA